AGAGGCAGGCGGGGGAGAGGACAGCGAAUUGGGGGUUUCUGGAGAUCGUCUUCUCUCUUCGAAACCCUGAUUUCGAAGAAGGAGAUGGCUUCAGGAAACACUGAAACCGAAUCCGAAAUGGCGGAUAUGGCAUUCGCAAAGCGAGGUUGUUGUUUCUGGAUGCCGUGUUUAGGCUCCGAGCGGUCUGCCAGGGAUGGAUCAGUGUGGUGGGAGCGGGUAGGAGGCCCGGCCGAGAAGGAAAAUGGGUGGUGGAGAAGAGGCUUGAACGCGCUGAAACAGAUCAGGGAGUGGACGGAGAUCCACGCUGGUCCAAGAUGGAAGACCUUCAUCCGGCAGUUCGGGAAAAGCCGCGGCGGUGGCGGAGGCCGGCCCGGGAAAUUCAAUUACGAUCCAUUGAGUUACGCCAUGAACUUCGACGAAGGACCGAGACAGUACGGUCAUUUGGAUGAGGACCACGGCUACCCUGAUUUCUCCUACCGGUACGCAUCAUUGCCGCCGUCGGUAAAGUCGUCGAUGGAUCUCGGCAACGAUGGGCCGUCAUUCACGUGAGUGGCACACGAUGACAGAGACGAAAGAACCGCAAGCGGUAGACACUUGGCGCGAACUUCGGCGUGGACCCGGAGCAUCGUCAAGUGUAGCAGUUGGUUGACUUUUUGGACGGUAUUGAUUGCCUGGCCAAUCAGCGUCGUAUUUUUUUCCAGUAUUUUAUAAAAAAUUAUUUAAUAAUUCCAUUUCCCAUUGUCAAAACUCAAAAGAGUCAGAUAAAAAAAUAAAAAUAAAAAAGGAGAAAAAUAGAAGGUUUUGAUCGUCUAUGAGGAUGUCCAGGGUCUAAAUGGUGGGGGAGCAAAAGGAUUUCUUUUCAAUAAGAUAGUGCAAAUAAGUUCUUCAGACUGCACGCCAACAAAUUCAGACCUUUUCCAAAAGUCGAUGGCACUUCAACCACUGCCUCACGUAAUUGCAGAGCUGAAUCACUAACCCACUCCAGUGGAUACUUUAUUUGUUUAUUUAUAUGUUGAGUCUGAAAACAAAUAAAUAAUUGCUGAUGGAUUCUUCUAUAAAAUGGGUUCACUUCCAAAAGUGAGAUCAAUGAACCUAGUAGUUUGUAUAA